AUGUCAUCCCAAGCAUUCUCUUCAGUACACCCGAAUGCAGCAGCGUCCGAUUUGAAUAUCACUAUUGAUACUUUCGUUGCUAAAUUAAAGAGAAGACAAGUGCAAGGUUCAUACGCCAUCGCCUUGGAAACUUUACAAUUGCUAAUGAGAUUUAUAUCUGCAGCUCGUUGGAAUCAUGUUAAUGAACUUAUUGAACAAAUCAGAGAUUUAGGUAACAGGCUGGAAAAAGCCCAUCCCACUGCUUUCAGUUGUGGUAACGUCAUCAGAAGAAUACUGGCUGUCUUGAGAGACGAGGUAGAGGAAGACACCAUGAGCACAACUGUCACCUCCACAUCAGUGGCUGAACCUUUAAUUUCUUCCAUGUUUAACUUAUUGCAGAAACCUGAGCAACCUCACCAGAAUAGAAAAAAUAGUUCAAGUAGCUCUAGCAUGAAAACCAAAACUGACUAUCGUCAAGUAGCCAUUCAAGGUAUUAAAGAUCUCAUAGAUGAAAUCAAAAAUAUUGACGAAGGUAUUCAACAAAUUGCUAUUGAUUUGAUUCACGACCAUGAAAUUUUAUUAACUCCUACGCCUGAUUCCAAAACAGUAUUAAAGUUUCUGAUAACUGCUCGCGAACGUAGUAAUAGAACAUUUACAGUUCUAGUCACGGAGGGGUUCCCUAAUAAUACAAAGAAUGCACAUGAAUUUGCGAAAAAAUUAGCACAACAUAACAUAGAAACCCUAGUAGUUCCAGACUCCGCAGUUUUUGCUCUCAUGUCUCGGGUAGGUAAGGUCAUUAUUGGAACUAAAGCUGUGUUUGUAAACGGGGGGACUAUCUCAUCCAAUUCAGGUGUCUCAUCCGUUUGUGAAUGUGCCCGAGAAUUCAGAACUCCAGUAUUUGCUGUUGCGGGUCUGUACAAGCUGUCUCCCUUAUAUCCGUUUGAUGUAGAGAAGUUUGUUGAAUUUGGUGGAUCCCAGCGUAUAUUGCCUAGAAUGGAUCCAAGAAAAAGAUUAGACACUGUCAAUCAAAUUACCGAUUAUGUUCCACCUGAAAACAUUGAUAUUUACAUUACCAAUGUUGGAGGGUUCAACCCAAGUUUCAUAUAUCGUAUAGCAUGGGAUAAUUAUAAGCAAAUUGAUGUUCAUUUAGAUAAGAAGAAGGUAUAA